AUGUGGCUGCAAGAUUCCGAGGCGGCUGCAAAAUUCCGACAGCGCGGCUUCCUGCUGGUCGCCGACCUGGCAUCGGUCUUCUUGUUCAGUGGGAUCAUCUUUGGCUGGGCGCCAUUGAGCGCGAUGCUGGUAGACGAGGGCUUCUACAGCCAUCAGUGCGUGGGCGAGCCCGCGCCAUGCGAUGCACAGGCAAACUCUCUGAACCUGGCGUUCACGAUUGGGAGCACCGCGGUUUCGUUCCUCUCCAUCCCCGCCGGCAUGCUCGUCGACAAGUUUGGGCCGGCGGUGGGCACGGUGGUGGCGGCCGUGCUCGAAAUCUCCGGGCUGAUUGGGAUCGCAGUGUGCGAGGACGUGAACCGCGAGACCGGCUUUGACCUCUUCCUCGUCUCGUUCACUAUGAUCUCGGUUGGCGGCGCGUUCACCAUGUUCAAUGCCUACUCCGCACCCUUCCUCUUCAAGUCGAGCAUGAACGUUGUGAUAGAACUCACCGCGUGCCUCUUCGACGGCAGCUGCAUCAUCUUCACCUUCUUCAAGAUGGCGUACGACGCCGGCGUGCCGUUCAGCACGCUUUGGUGGUUCUUCGUCGGCCUCGCCGGUGGCGUAUACGCCCUCCUCAUCCUCGCCUGGAUCGUCAACGCCAAGGAGCUCAAGGAGUCGCGGGCUGUGGACAGCACGCCGUCAGCCGAGGAGGCCAAGAGCCCGCACGCCGACUCGCUCCCUUCAAAGCCGCUCCUCGAGCAGGUGCGCACCCUCGAGUUUGUGGCGGUCUGCCUUUACGCGGCGAUCCAGGUGCCGCGCUCCAACCUCUACCUCGGCUCGGUGGACCUGACCAACCGCGAGUACGCGUUGCUCUAUGACUGGCCUGACGUCGACCGCGUCAUCUCGAUCAUCGGGCUCAUCAUCCCCCUCGGCUUCGCCGCGGUGCCCUUCAUCGAGGCCUCGAUCCACUACCUCGACCUCAUCGGCACCUUCCUCGUCUGUUCGGCUCUGGGACUGCUCUACAACUUCCUGCAGCUCGUGCCGGCGCAGUCGGCGCAGCUUCUCGGCGCGGUCGUCUUCGCCGCCUUCCGCGCCUUUCUGUUCUCGAUCCUCGCCGCCUUCAACGGCGCCACCUUCGGACCCACUUCGAUGGGGAGCAUCAUGGGGCUGUGCAUGUUCGUCUCGUCGAUAGUCAACCUCGGCCAGGCGCCGAACGCUCAACUCAUCCCCGAGUCGUAUAGGGAAGGCAAAGCAUGA